AUGAGUAUCAGAGAACAUGAGGAAGGGGCUUUUAGUAGUGAUGAUGACCUUGGUGCAAUAGAUUUAAAUGAAGACUGGUUCAAUAAUGAGUUUUCCGRUGUCGAUGAAGAUGAUGUCGCUAGUUUAGAUCAUCUAUCGGACGGGGAUGAUGAAAUUAGGGAAGUUCGAUCAAAUAUGAUGGAUUUUAAUAGUAAGCAAAAGAACAAAAUUAUAGAAGAUUUUGAAGAUGGAAAUGAAAUUGGUCCAAUGGGUGUAGAUGAUAGUGUGGAAGUGGUGGAGGAUGUACAUACACAAACUUAUCAACAUGACGAUUUUUUGACCGAGACAUGCGAGGGGUAUGAUAGACAUGCAUUCAUGGAAGAAGAAGUUGAUUCGGAAAAUGAAGUUCUCCGGACAAAGUCAAAUGAGUUUCCUAUACAUAAUCCCAAUGUCCCUUGGAACGUAAUGAAACCUUACUUGGGUGAAAKAUAUGCUUCUGUUUCUGAACUAAAGACAUGCUUGACUAACUAUGCUCUUGCAAAUGGACUUCAACUUAGGUACAAAAAAAAUUGCAAGGACAAGUUACUUGUUGUAUGCGGACCAAAAUCAGGAUCAGAAAAUGAUUGUCCAUGGAGGUUGUGGGCUAGUUGGAUGUCGAAGGAAAGAUCAUUUCAAGUGAAGUCAUUACACGAUGAUCAUAGAUGUGGAAGAAGUUACAAUUUAGGUUCACUCGUCAAUUCUAAUUGGAUCGCAAAGGUAUAUGGUAAGAAGAUAAGACGAAAUCCUUCUAUAAAGUUAGUUGAAUUAAAAGAAUCAAUUCUUAGAAAAUACAAGUGCACAGUUCAGAUAAGUCAAUGUAGUAGGGCCAACGCAAAAGCUUUGGGAGGAUUGGAAGAGUACCUAGUUGAUCAUUAUGGAAAAUUGUGGGACUAUGGAGAAGAAAUCAUGAGGAGCAACCCAGGAUCAACCGUCAAAAUGAGUGUAGAGGUAGGGCCGGAUGAGAAGAACUAUUUUAAGAGGUUUUAUGUUUGUUUGAAAGGUGUAAAAGAUGGAUGGUUGGCAGGCUGUAGAAAGUUCAUUGGACUAGAUGGAUGUUUUUUGAAAACCCAUUGCAAAGGAGAACUAUUAAGCGCAGUAGGUAGGGACGCGRACAAUCAAAUCUAYCCACUUGCUUGGGCUGUAGUUGAAGUAGAAUGUAAAGAUAGUUGGAAGUKGUUCUUGGAAUAUUUGAUGCAAGACAUUGGAUUAACAGAUGGAUUGRGGGUGACAUUAAUGUCAGAUCAACACAAGGGACUUAUUGAAGCUGUAAAAGAAGUCUUCCCACUGGCUGAACAUCGACAAUGUGCUAGGCACAUUUAUGCAAAUUUCAGGAAAAGGUUUACCGGAAUCCAAUUCAGGUCAUUAUUUUGGGCUGCAUCAAAAGCGGGUACACCUCAGGAAUUUAGAUGUGUAAUGCAAGAAGUGAAAGGCUUAAGUCAUGAAGCUUAUGAUCGUCUCAUGGAAAGAGAUCCAAACACAUGGUCAAGAGCCUUUUUCAAGACCGAUACAUCGUGUGAUGCAGUUGAGAAUGGAGUUAGUGAGUGUUUUAACUCAUUAAUUGUUUCAACAAGAAGGAAACCUAUAAUAACAAUGCUUGAAGAGAUAAGAUUGACCAUCAUGGAAAGAUUUGAGAAGAUGGCCAAGAAAAUUGAGAAAUGGAAUGGUGACAUUUGUCCAUCAAUCAAAAAGAAAGUAGAGAUAAACAAAGAUCAAAUGAGAUUUUGGCAAGUUGUCCCGAAUGGCGGGACUCUCUUUGAAGCAAAAAAGGGGCUUGACGGAUACGUUGUYGAUACGRAUAAAAUGACAUGCACUUGCAGGAUUUGGCAAGUCUCUGGAAUUCCAUGUGCUCACGCAGUUGCGGCUAUCUAUUUCAUUAACCGAGACCCAGAUAAGUAUUUGAAGCAAAAGAAGGGGAAGAAACUGCGUCUAAAAGGACUAAGUGAAGUCGGGUGUAAUAUUGGUUGGGCAUUAACAAAGUAUAGUAGCAUUUUGGUUUAUAAUUGA